UUCUGCUUGCCCUGUGCAGGAGGGACCUAGCCUGCUCAGCAUCCUUCCUCCCUCCUGAGGAGCCCCUGGACCCGCCCUCUGGGGCUCUGGCCUCUCCCCUCUGCCCCUCUCCCCGUCUCUGGGGCCUCUGGGGGUCUUGGUGUGAGUGAUCCUCCCGGCCGGGCCUCCCAGCCCUGAGUCUCUUGCAGCUCCUCCUCCUCUCCGUUUACGUCUGCACGUGCCAGGACCUGACCCUCAGGCCCAGAAUGUUCCUUCUGCUGACAGCACUUCAGGUCUUGGCUGUAGGCCUGGCAAGGAGCCAAGGGGAUGACAACAAGAUCAUCGGUGGCUACACGUGCAUCCAGAACUCGCAGCCGUGGCAGGCCGCGCUGCUGGCCGGUGCCGGGCGCCGCUUUUUCUGUGGAGGGAUCCUGUUGUCUGACCGCUGGGUCAUCACCGCCGCGCACUGUGCCCGCCCGAUCCUUCAGGUGUCCCUGGGCAAGCACAACCUGAGGAGGUGGGAGGCUACCCAGCAGGUGCUGCGCGUGACGCGCCAGGUGCCACACCCUGGCUACCGCUCCCGGACCCACGAGAAUGACCUGAUGCUGCUGAGGCUAGAGAAGCCCGCACGGCUCGGGAGGGCAGUGAGGCCCAUCCCCGUGGCCCAGUCCUGCGCCAGCCCUGGGACUUCCUGCCGUGUGUCAGGCUGGGGCACCACCUCCAGCCCCGAGGUCAGGUACCCCACGGUGCUGCAGUGCGUGAACGUGGACAUCUCCUCAGACCAGCAGUGCCGGAAGGCCUAUCCCGGAGCCAUCACCUCGGGCAUGGUGUGUGCCGGGGUCCCCCAGGGCGGGAAGGACUCCUGUCAGGGUGACUCUGGGGGACCCCUGGUAUGUGGAGAGCAGCUCCAGGGCCUCGUGUCCUGGGGGAUGGAGCACUGCGGCCGGCCCGGGUACCCAGGUGUCUACACCAACCUCUGCAAGUACCAAAACUGGAUCCGGGAAACGAUUCGGGGCGGUUGAUCGUCCACGUGACAGUUCCUCAGCUGCCCCAAGAGCCUCCCCAGCCCCUGCUGCCUCAGGCCCAGGACCCCAGCUCCCUGACUCUUAGCUGAACUCCAGCCUCCUGCUUCCAGAGCAGGGCUUCAGGUGUCCCCCACCCCAGGACUCCCUCAGGCACAGGGGGCAGGGACACAAGCAUCGGGCUGGCGUCCUAUUUCAAAGAGACAACUGUCAAAACUCUCAGUGUCUCUAAAACCCAAAAAAAC